CGUAUAGGGGAGAUGUUGCCGAAAUUUUUCGAUAGGGACUCCUUUGGGGGCGUGACAUACAAUCUAUUAUUACAUUAUCUACUAUGGAGUCGGAGUACAUGACAGUAGCCAAAGCAGCGAAGGAAGCUUUAUAACUUACAGGUUGAUUAGAGAAUUGAGCGUUCGGUGAGAUAGAGUCAAGUUGUUAUGCGAUAGUCAGAGUGCUAUCUAUUUGGUGAAGAAUCAGGUGUAUCAUGGGAGAACCUAAUAUAUUGACGUGAGAUUUCACAAGAUCAAAGAGCUGAUUGUUUUCGGAAAAAUUCAACUUGAGAAGGUUCACACUGCAAACAAUGCUACAGACAUGCUAGCAAAAUUAAUGACCAUAGAGAAAUUUAAAUAUUACUUAAAUUUGAUCCAUAUUUCUAGAUGCUAGAGGAAGGACAAGUAAACUUCCUUUUCCAUUAAUCCAUAUCCAUUCUUAUGAAUGCAUGUCUUAGAUAUUUGUUUCAUUCAAACACAGCCCAAGUAAACUUUCUUUUCCUUUGAUGCAUGCAUGAAUGCAUGCAAGCAGCUCAAAUAGAGCAACCAGGUGUUCGCUGCAGCCAGCUCGAUCAUUUACUCCUUGUAGGUAACAGCUAAGACAGCACCAUACAUUAACUAAUUUUCCAUCUGCCAACUUCCCAUCUCCGAUCCUAUUUCAAACCCCAUGCACUUCUUCCCCCAACUCAUGCCUAACUCCAUCUUCAUGGCCAUCUUCAGCAAUCAUUUCCUGAGCUCUUUGCUGCUCUUCUUCUCGACUAGUUUGGUAUCUGAAGCACAAGUAGCAAGUGGCAGGCAGAAGGAGCUGGUGCCUGCCAUGUUUGUAUUUGGAGACUCCCUCAUCGACAGUGGCAACAACAAUCGUCUCGCCUCCUUUGCCAAGGCUAAUUACUAUCCUUAUGGCAUUGACUUUGCUGGGGGGCCAUCAGGAAGGUUCUCCAAUGGCUACACCAUUGUGGACGAAAUAGCUGACCUUCUAGGACUGCCUCUCGUCCCACCUUGCUCUGAAACUUCUUCUGGUGAUGCUGCUGCUCUGCAUGGGGUCAACUAUGCUUCAGCUGCAGCAGGGAUUUUGGACAUCACUGGCCAGAACUUUGCUGGUAGAAUACCAUUCGACCAACAGAUCAAAAACUUCGAGUCCACCCUCGAUCAGAACACUGGCAACUUGGGAGCAGAUGUUGUUUACGACGCCAUUGCUCGCUGCAUCUUCUUUGUGGGAAUGGGGAGCAACGACUACUUGAACAAUUACCUGAUGCCUGAUUACGACACUAGGAAUCAGUACGACGGGGAACAGUUUGCUGAUCUGCUUGCCCACCAGUAUGCUCGUCAGCUUACGAGCAUGUACAACCUCGGAGCUCGGAAGUUUGUAAUCAAUGGAGUCGGAUCGAUAGGAUGCAUCCCUAGCAUACUCGCCGAGAGUCCUUCGGGUCAUUGCUCGCCCGACGUGGACAAGCUCGUGAUGCUCUUCGACAGCAAGGUGAAGGCAAUGGUAGAUACUCUCAAUGUGAAUCUGCGUCAUGCAAAGUUCAUAUAUGUCGAUAUCUAUCACAUGAUCUUGGAUAUCCUCGCCAACCCCAAACAGUAUGGGUUUAGUGUGAUCGAUCGCGGUUGCUGUGGCCUCGGACGAAACAGUGGGCAGAUUACAUGCCUACCCUUCCAAACUCCAUGUGCAAACAGAGAUCAGUAUGUGUUCUGGGACGCCUUCCACCCAACAGCAGCAGUGAACAUCAUGCUAGCGAAGAAGGCCUUCACCGGCGGCGCCGACGUCGUAUUCCCCAUGAACAUACACCAACUUGCUAACCUGGAACUCGAUCCAAAUUAACAACGAAGUAUGAUAGAUUCUCUCGGUUUAAACUAGAUUGUUGUUUCAUGUAACAACAGUAGACAAUAGUUUUGAGCCUGUUUCAUUGGAUACUUUUCAACACCA